GCGUUCUGUCACCACGCUGGAACGCACUGCAGCUGCUCAUGGCUUCAGCAGAGGGGGAGACCCUAAACUUCAAUGUGGGGGUGCUGGGCCACAUCGAUAGCGGGAAGACUUCGCUGGCCAAGGCCUUGAGCACCACCUCUUCCACUGCUGCCUUCGAUAAGAACCCACAGAGCCGGGAGAGGGGCAUCACCCUGGACCUGGGCUUCUCUUCCUUUACCGUGCCCAACCCUGAACACCUGAGUCACACCGGCUACAGCCGCCUCCAGUUCACCCUGGUGGACUGUCCGGGUCAUGCCUCCCUCAUCAGGACCAUCAUAGGAGGUGCACAGAUUAUCGAUCUGAUGAUGCUGGUCAUCGACGUGACAAAGGGCAUGCAGACGCAGUCAGCGGAGUGCCUGGUCAUAGGCCAGAUUGCCUGCAACAAGAUGGUGGUAGUGUUAAAUAAAACAGACUUGCUUCCGGAAAACAAGAGGCAGGCGGCUAUUGACAGAAUGACCAAGAGGAUGCAGAAGACGCUGGAAAGUACAAAAUUCCACGGGUCUCCUAUCAUUUCUGUGGCUGCUAAACCAGGCGGACCCGAAGCUCCGGAGUCUGUGACUACUCAGGGAAUAUCCGAGCUUAUUGAGCUCUUGAAGUCUCAGGCCUAUCUUCCCCGCAGAGAUCCCUCGGGGCCUUUCCUUAUGGCAGUUGACCACUGUUUCUCCAUCAAGGGUCAGGGCACGGUGAUGACAGGCACCGUCCUCUCCGGCUCCGUCAGUCUCAAUGACAAUGUGGAGAUCCCAGCCUUAAAGGUGACCAAAAAAGUGAAGAGCAUGCAGAUGUUUCACCGCCCGGUAAACAGCGCCAUGCAAGGGGACCGGCUGGGCAUCUGCGUCACUCAGUUCGAUCCCAAGCUGCUGGAAAGAGGACUUGUCUGCACCCCGGAGUCCUUGCACACCAUCCACGCCGCCAUCAUAUCCGUGAAUAAGAUAUCGUACUUCAAGGGAUCGCUCAGCACCAAAGCCAAGUUCCACAUCACGGUCGGCCAUGAAACCGUCAUGGGGAAGGUGAUGUUUUUCAGUCUUCCUCCUCACCUCAACCAAGAAGAACCCACGGACGGUUUUGACUUUGGGAAAGAGUACUCGUACCAGGAGAGCUACCUCACCAAGGAUUCCACAGCUUCAGAGCAGGACAAGGCGGAUGACCAACAUGGGUCUGAUCUCCAUCCCAAGCAGCAGUGGGCCCUCUUGGAGUUUGAGAAGCCAGUCACGUGUCCCAAGUUGUGCCUUGUCAUUGGCUCGAAGCUGGACACUGACAUUCAUUCCAACACGUGUAGGCUAGCUUUCCACGGGGUGCUUCUGGAGGGGGCGGAAGACAAAAAUUAUGCUGAGACCUUACUUCCCAAGCUGAAGGUCUUCAAAAUGAAGCACAAGGAAGGGCAAGUCGAGAGGGUGAAUGACGAUUACAGCGUGAUUGGACGCUCGCUCUUCAAAAAGGAGACGAACAUGCAGCUGUUUGUGGGGCUGAAGGUCAAGCUGUCCACCGGAGAGGACGGGGUGAUCGAAGGGAGCUUCGGACAGAGCGGGAAGUUCAAAAUCAGAAUCCCCAAUGGUCUGAAGCCUGAGACCAAGCAGGUUCUCAGCGCCUCCUCCAAAAAGAAGUCCAAAGGAAAUAAAGGAGAUGGAGAAAACCAGAAGGAAGAGGAUGUUCGUCCGGAAGGCCAGGCCGUGCUCAUCACGCUGGGGUUUAAGAGAUACGUGUUUGACCCACAGAAGAAAAUGACUCAGUCGUGAUUCCUUACCUACAGUGGCAAGAAGUUGGCAUGGCAUGA